AUCAAAAGCUCGGCAGAGCAAUGUGGAUGGCAAGUAGAGGGUGCUUUGUGUCUUAGAGGCCUUUAUUGCAACAAGUAUGGGUGGUGCAGCUCCACUAAAGACUACGGCAGUGAUGGUUGCCAGAGCCAUUACGAUGGCGCCACACUGUCCCCCUGUCCCAACGGCAAUAUCAACAACCUUAUUUCUAGGUCAAUGUUCAACCAAAUGUUGUUGCACUGCAACGAUGUUGCUUGCCCCACCAAGAACUUCUACACCUACUACACCUUCAUCAAGGCUGCCAAGUCCUUCUCAGCCUUCGGCACCACCGGCAACAUUGACAACCACAAGAGGGAGAUUGUGGCUUUCUUGGCCCAAACUUCCCAUGAAACUACGGGUAGGUGGCCUAGUGCACCAGAAGGGCCUUUUGCAUGGGGAUACUACUAUUUGAAAGAACAAGGAAACCCUCCUGACUACUGUGUCCCAAGCGUUCAGUGGCCUUGCGCUCCUGCAAAGAAAUAUUGGCCAAGGCCCAAUCCAAAUUUCCUAGUAACAAUUAUAACAUGGACCAACAGGGAGGGCCGUAGGGAUAGCUCUGUGGUUCUAGAUGACCUUACAGUCCCCAAGCCUUCAUGUUACAAUGUUAUCACUGGACAGUGGACAUCAUCAGUGGCUGAUCAGGUGAUCGGCGAGUCCUUGGGUAUGGGG